AUGGGUAGCUGUCCUAGCACUCCUAGUGAGUUCGCUUCGAAAAGUCUCGAUCCGUUAUGCAACGGCGAACGAAUGUGGACAACUUUUCUAUUUUCGUCACUAUUCACGCUUUUUGGCGGGUGGUUCAUUAUUCUCAUAUACGAUUUUACCAAAGCAUUAGCUAUAAAACCACGUCGAUUAAGACUUAUUUCGGCAGUAAAACAUUUACUUCGAAUAAAUGACUUUUCGACAAGACGACCAAGCCUACCGUAUACAGUAUCGAAUCGACGCAAUGAUGAGGAGAACGAAGAUUAUUUCAGUUGGUUACAAGCAAUUAAAGAGUGGGAAAACAACUUAAUAUCGGGCCAAACAAAAAUGGGGAAAACAUUGGUAGGAAUCAUUUUUAUUGGUAGUAUUGCUUCAUUGAUACUCUACUUUGUCGAUACAAAAAAUGCGUAA